AUGGAACUUCUGACUGUUACCACCACUAUUAUUAUUAUUUUCCCCCUGGGUGUCCUUGUUGUUCUUCGUUGCGGUGGUGCCGACGAUGCUGGCCUGGUUUGUUUGUUGUUAUUAUUAUUUCUCUGCGUGCGCGGGGGGUUUGGGGCUGCGGCGGUGAGCGUGGUGGGCGACCUGCUGGCACGCUUUCCAAUCGCGCCCCUUUUCUCCACUCCGUGUCUCCUGCUGUUUGUUUCCCUCCCAUUGCUCUCGUCCCCCUUCGCCACAGGGACGAAUCUGCGCAGCACUCGGGAUGGGCUCCACGGAGAGUGCGGACAUGCUCGCAGCCUCUUCCUGCUGCAUCGUGCGCAUUCGCUUGCGCAUCAUUUCCCUUUUCACUUUCGCUCCCUGACCGGCACUUGGACUCCACGGCUCUGCCGUUCAUGGGGUGCCGAGGCCGACGAAAGGUGCCGCACAUUCGUGUGUUUCCCCCGGGAUAUGUCCGGCGUGCGGCCGUGCACCGUGCGGUGGGAGGGGGGCGGCGGGGAAACGGUGUGGGCGGCGCCAACGCAGCGGGAGGGGCGCGGCGACGUUGCCUCUUGGGCGAGUGCGUUUGGGAGGGUAUCCUUCGGCGGUUAG